CACAUUCAAGGAGCCAACACAACGCAAAGACGCAAAGAAGGAAGUCAAGAAGCUGUUCGAAGACCGCUACACUGCCGGCAAGAACAAGUGGUUCUUCACACCUCUCCGAUUCUGAGCGGCUUGCCGUUGUACUUGUGCUAGAGCGGGCAUGAGAUGCACUCUGUUCUCUCUGCGAGCGCUGAAUGUAGUGUUGGCGUCAUUUUCACAGCAAAGCUUGCAAAACGACAUGUGUCUGAACGAUGCAUGUAGCAGAGGUAAAACAAGGAGCUCUAUUGCUCAACGCCCGGCUCGUUCUAGCGCUGCGAGCGUCGAUCUAGUGGCUUUGAUCUAAGAAUUGCGAGCGUAGUCUAAACAUCUGCGGGCGUGAAUGUGAUGGGCUCUCGUCCUUCAAAGUUCUUGGCCGGAACGCCGAGUUCGAGCAGCUGGGCAAAGUACUUUGAGAAGC